AUGCCUUUCCAAAAGUACACUACCAUCGUCAUAUGGGAUUCAGCAAGCACCAACGUUUUGAUCGAGUUGUUUUCCGAUUACGUUGUAAACGUGGGUGUUAUUCGCUCACCUGAAGCAAAGCUGAAUUUGAACAAGGCAACGGAAGAUGCUUUUAAUGCCAGUGACGCUAUCAACGGUAGAAGGGACUUUGCAGCGAUGAAUAACAAGUGGAUUCGCCUCUGUGAUACGUUCAGAACCAGACGAGACGAUGCUAAUUCUACUGGUAGUGCACCUCUUCAACACUGGGAGUUUCACGAUCUGAUGGAACAGGCAACAUCGAGAAUGCAAUAAAACUGUAGUGGAGACUUUGUUGUCGGUAAAGUGUAGAAAUGUCUGAUUCCAUAAUCAUAUUCAUAUCAUCAUCAAGUCCAAAUAAAAUUUAUUGCGAUUCAGCAACUACUGUAACAAUUUGAGAUAGGUUCAUUUUGU